UUCAUGCGGGUAGUUUAUCAAGUUACAAACAUAAUCCGAUAAGAAGGAAAGGAUGGGAUGCAAGAUUCCCCACCACACGAAUUAACGAUGGCGUCUUCAAUGGAAAAGCUCCUAGAAAGUGGUCGUCCCUUCCUUCGCGGCGAUCUGGAGUCCAUCGACAAGAACUUACCUCGGCUGGUUGGCGUCCUGCAGAGUGUGGGUGCCGGGGAGUGCUGGCACAAACACGGCAGCUUCCUUCACCACCUCGUCGACAUAUUUCGCAUUCUCAAGCUCUGGAAAGCCCCUCACUCUGUCUGCCUCUGUGGCCUCUUCCACUCAGCCUACUCCAAUUCUUACGUUAACCUCGCCAUCUUCGACCCUUCAACCGGUCGAGAAGUGGUUCGUGCACUCGUUGGCGAGGAAGCUGAGAGUCUGAUUCACUUGUUCUGCAUAGUUCCCAGGCAGCCUCUCAUCCACGACGAUCUGCUCUUCCACUACUCUGAUGAGGAGCUUGUCCAACACCUUGCUCAGUCCGAGAUAUCUCUCAGGAACGCAAAGAAGAUGGAGAAGGGCCUCUUUGAUGACGAUGGGGAAUUAGAAGGAUGGAGAAAGAAACUGCAGGGUCUUGUUCCUGCCGAGGGGGUACAAGUUAAGCACAUUCGCACGGGUGAAGGAGUGCACGUUUCUAGGAGGAUAGUGGCAGUUUUCAUCAUGAUGACCAUGGCAGAUUUCUGCGACCAGUUAUUUGGUUUUCAAGAUUUGCUAUUUGAUAAUGCUAAUGGCCGCCUUGAGUUUUCCGGGAACAAUUUUGGGGCUCUUUGGCCGGGAGAUGGUAAGCCGGGUCUGUGGUUGAAUUCAAUUUCCAGGAUGGGAGCAGUGUACACUUUGAUUGCGAGAGAGGAAGAGAUUUUCAUUCAAGAGAGAAAAAGGAAGGUGGGAGUAGCAGUUGUGCCUGAUCUCGAGAGAAAUGAAGAUAUUGAGUUGGUAUUGCCACCGGUGUUCGAUUACUGUAGAAAGGUUUUGGAGGCGGGAGAUCAAAUAGUUGCGAGGGAUUUGUACUGGGAAGCUGUUUGUGAGGGUGGUAGCAAGGCGGAAGAGUUGUUGCUGGAGUCUAUAGAGAAAAACCCGUUUGUUGGAGAGCCAUAUGUGGUGCUGAGUCAGGUUUAUUUGACAGAGGGGAGAUUUGAGGAGGCUGAGAAGCACGCAGAGAGAGGACUGAAGCUUCUGCUGGAAUGGGGAUGUCCGUGGGACAAGAGGACUUCUUGGGAAGGCUGGGUGGCCUGGACUAGGGUCUUGCUCAUGAGGGCAAAGGACAAAUCUUGGCCUCAGACUUCAUGGGGCAUCCUCAAUUUGGGUCUUGUAAACUAAUAAUGCCUUAUCAUCUACUUAAUGCCAUCCAUCCCCCGAUCAUAUAAUAUUCUACUAAAUAAGCCAUAAGUACAAGGUUAGUGCAUCAGAAAAAGGCUUUCAACGGUGUUAUAUCUUUCUAGCUAGUACUAUAUUUUUUCUCUUUUUAAUAUCUUGUGCUGCGUGAGAAAAGCCUUUUAUUGUUGCUAUAGCGGUCUUA